UGUCGUGUAAUAGAAUUUCCAAGUUACCUUUCCAUCGUUGGGAAACGCUUGAUUAAUCACGUGAUAAGAACCAUGUCGGACAUGGACCAGGACACAUGCGAGUGGCAGUGUUACCUGGAUCACAACUGCGUCAGCAUAAACUUACAGUUUGAAGGAACACAAAAAAACUGCGAGUUGAAUAAUUCAACUCAUUAUGAGCACCACGAGGACUUAAUCGCAGCACACGACCACUUUUAUCGUGGAACAGAAAAUGCUUGCGGUGGCUCACCCUGCAAGAACAAUGCAACUUGUCAAUCUGGUUUUACAAGCAAAAGAUAUCAUUGCCUAUGUGCACCUGGAUUUAUAGGCCAUAACUGCGGACUUGAAUUUUCAAUCAAUUCUGUGAUACUGUUGAACAACGAAGAUUACCUGAGCCAUCUCCAUCAAUUUCUUGUUCCAGCUGUUGGAAAUGCUUCUCAUUGGUUGCUGUGUUAUCGGGCUUCCCGUGAUUCGCAUAUAGAUCAAGACUUUCGCGAUCAGUGUAAGGGAAAAAAGGACACCAUCACCAUUGUAAAAGAGAAUGGCUUUGUAUUUGGUGGUUAUGUCGACAUACCAUGGGUGUCCACUCGCAAAUUUCAAUAUGGCGAGACACCCAACGCAUUCAUCUUUUCUUUACACAACAGCGAACAUUGUGGAGCUUUUAAAAGCACGAUAAAAAACCCAGAGAGGGCCAUCUUCGAUCACAUAUACCUCAGACCAACAUUCGGAACUGAUGACAUCCGAAUAGAUAGAAACGACCACCUCCAGUCAGUCGCAAAUUUUAGUAAUGAUUACUUUCUACCAAGUAAGGUCACUAUUCAAAACCCCCAAACCAUCUUGGCAGGUGUUCUACAUUUUAAGCCUGACGAGGUCGAAGUUUUCUACUUAGAAAAGAAAACCCAACCGUAGAACAAAAACGACUCUGAAUACAAUA